UCUGAGAACGUUUCUACUUCUGUUCCUCUACUCCUGUUGGUUGAUUUUAUGCUUGUGUUAGGAUGGCCAUUUUAGGCAACUUGAUUUUUUUUUUGUCUGACACAAUCUGCUCAAAGAGUAAGCAUUUCCUACAGGCCAGCAAUGGCUCAGUUUAGGGUUCUGCACUGAUCACCAGAACGUUGUGAGUUCAAAUCCCAGGACUGCCAGAGAACCAUUGUAUAGUCCUUAAUCAAGAAGUGUCCCUGAACUCAAAAACAUCUCUCUUUCUGUCUCAAGAAAAGGAGAGGAUGGAUUUUAUUGUUUAUUAGCUGCUGUAACGAAAGUGAUAACAGAAACUUGUUUCAAGUAAGACAUUGUAAUUGUCGGCAAAUUGCUGUGGUAUAAGGGGAAUAAAGAACACUUCAGGACAUGUUCUUAUUGGAAAAUAAUCAACUUAUAAAAGUUUGAUAGGUUUGGCAUUUCCAGCAUACUCAUUUGCCCAUAUUCUGUUCUGGUGUUCAUUUGAAUAGAUUUUCGUAUGCCACCUGUAGUAAUAAAACAGCUUCUCUAUAUAGACUAUUUUUAAUGGUUUAAAAUUACACAUUUGGGAAUGCUUUAAAACUUGAAUUAGAUUCUAUGUCAGUUAAAAGUCACUUUGGAUUGAGUAAAUGGAAAUGCCAAGCAAAACAAUGGAACAGUAAUAACACUUAGAUAGACUUAAGUUCUACAGAGCAUGUGGGAGUGUGUGAAAUCAUAUCUGCUUAGUGAAUGGCAGCUCUUUGUGCACCACUCGGGCAAUACAUCACCAGUGAAUAUGACUCUGCUGUUCUUUGCUUUGCCCAGUGAUGACAUCUUCCAGAGCAGAUGUUUCCCCAUCAGUGAACCAUGCCAGGGAGAUCCAGAAUUCACUGCGAGCCUAUAACAUGGUGUCCUAGUUUGACUAUUGUAUAAAAAAAAAAAGUUUCCGCCUGUUUGUUAAUGUUGAGUCAUUGAAACACUGUUACGUUCUGUUCUAAUGUGUAGUACUAGAACUUCUUGACUGCCCUCUAGGCAAGCUGAAAGAUGUGUGAGGUAAAAUUGCUCCCUGGACCAAAAUGAAAAUCAGAUUUGCGGGUCGUUGGGGCAGUUUAAUGUUACCGUUCCAGGGUCAUGCUGGAUCCAGAGCCUAUCCCGGGAACACUGGGCUUGAGGUGGGACACUGAAUGAGACACACCAUGCACACCCAAACAUAAGACAAUUAAUUUCCCUUCACUGGAACUAAGAGGCCCAAACUUGUUCCAGCUGCACAAAGCGAGCUCCAUGAAGACAUGGUUUGCCAAGGUUGGAAUGGAAGAAAUUGAGUGGCCUGCACAGACCCCUGACCUCAACCCCACUGAACACUUUUUGGAUGAACGACUGCAUCCCAGGCCUCCUCACCCAACAUCAGAGCCUGAUAUACCAAUGCCUGGCCUCACUAAUGGUCUUGUGGUUGAAUGAGUACAAAUCCCCACAGCCAUGCUCCAAAAUCUAGUGGAAAGCCUUGCCAGAAGAAUGGAGAUUAUUAUAACAGCAAAGGGGGAAUAAAUAUGGAAUGGGAAUAUGAGUGUGAUGGUCCGGUGUCCACAAACUUGUGGGUAUAUAAUGAGCUGUUUAGACUUAGUAGUUUUGCUCAAGGCUCAAACACUGGCACUAUGACAGUCCUGGGAUUCAAACAUACAAUCUUCUGGUGACUAGUGCAGAAGCUUAUCUACUUACCUACCAGUUUUCUGGACUGCACAAUGCAGGUGUCCAUAAAUGCCUGCAUUUGAGUGACUAGUUUCCAACGUUUUGUUCCAAUCCUUAUUCCCACAAGCUUAAUCACUUACUAUACUUACUUAUAAUCACUUACUACAUAUUAUAUACCUGAAUUAAAUUUCAGUGUGCUUAAAUUUCAGUAACUAGUGCUCAUGGUUUCAUGAUAUUGCCACAGCAUUCUCCAUGUGCUGGUUGUAGACAGGUUCAUAGUUCAUAGUUCAUGUAAACAGUGAGGUGCCUGUCUCAUUAGGCUUAAACUUCACAUAGUUUCUGAAAGAAGUUAAAGCACUAGUCAAAAUUCAGUGCCUUUACAUGAGUAACAUGUGUACAGCAGCACAUAGUAGGAGUCAUUUGAUCAGUCCUGAAAAAUGAAUACAUUUUAAUGCAAUAAUAAGUAAGGAAUGAAACAUUUGGGCGCAUGCUGUUAUACGAAAAUAAUCAACGGCAGGGUGGUGUGAUGAAGUAUUAGCACCCUGAAGGUAAUUAUUUUCCUAUAACAACAUAUUUCUCUUAUACCACAACAAUUUUUCAACAGUAAUAAAUUCAAAUUUAUUAAAGUUCCUGACAUUGUGACAGCAUUCAUGUGCGUUCCCUUCGUGAUUACAAUAUUUCCGAUAGGAUGUGAAGGCGGCAUAAUACAGCUCACAGAACAGUGUGUUCUCGUGGAAAGAAGGCAGUAGAGUUGAUGAUGUGUCGUAAUUGAGUCAGUAUCAGGUGUUAGUCAUUAAGAGAUGCAGCAAUCAACACUGUGUGUGUUAGGAGCAGACAUGUGCUCUCUUUUUAAUUAGAUAUAUGGGAAAAACAAAUGGUGCAUAACCAGUUUAUUCAGAUAGAAUGAUUUUGUGUUAGUGUUUCAUAGCUGCUAAAGUAAAAACAGUGAACAUGGUAGUAGUACACAGUGAUAGGACGAUAUAUUAUCCAUAUGGAGAUAUGAAGUUGAGUUGUUGCACUUGUUAAGUAACAAGUAGCUGGUUUUUCUACUGACUGUGUUUUUUUUUCUUUUUCAUGUUAAAUAAUUUGUGUAAAUGUUUAAAAAAAACUAUUUUGCAUGUUUUUUUGUUAGCAAACCUAAAUAUCAGAUAAUAUAAUGAUUUAAUAUCAAUGUCAUGAUAAAUUGUGUCACAUUAUAUUUUUCUGAAAUAUCACAGGUAUCGUGAUUUAAAUAUAUUUUUUUAAUAAAAGUUGCAAACUCUGUAUGCAGCUGAUUUUUUUCCCAAUCUUCCCAGUCAGCCUGUGUCAACUGUAGUUUCAGAUUCCUGUUCUUGGCUAACAGGUGUGAAACCUGAUGUGGUCUUCUGUUUUUGUAGCCCAUCCGCUUCAAGGUGUGUGCACUGAGAUGCUUUUCUGCUCACCACGGUUAUAAAGAGUGGUUAUGUGAGUUACUGUAGAAUUCCUUGCAGCCCGAACCAGUCUGAUCAUUCUCCUUUGACCUCUCUCAUCAACAAGGUGGUUCAGCAUGCAGAACUGCUGCUCAGUGGAUGUUUUUUGUUUUUUGCACCAAUCUGUGCAAACUCGAGAGACUGUUGUGUGUAAAAAUCCUAGGAAAUCAGUAGUUUCUGAAAUACUCAACCAUGCCACGCUCAUGCCAAGUCACUGAGAUCACAUAUUUUCCCCCUUUUUAAUGUUUGAUGUGAACUUUAACUGAGGCUCUUGACCUGUAUCUACAUGAUUUCUUGGUUCGUGCUGCUGCCACAUGGUUAGCUGAUUGGAUAAUUGCAUGAAUGAGGAGGUGUACAUGCGCUCCUAUUACAGUCUCUGGUGAGUGUAUAUCGUGUAUCAUAGAGACGUUUUCUAGCUUUGUGAUCGUCACGACCCAUGCCUAGUUAUCAGUCAUCACAAUUUCUUCCACUAUUUUGUCAUGACAUAUUUGCUCUAUUGCCUACCCACUGUAUUAUUUCUGAAGUGUAUUUGUUUUGUCAUUCAAUGUUCAACAUGGGGUUCGUUUAUGAAAGUUAAGGUUAGCGAUGGGGGCAGGAAUCAUUGGGAUGAAAGCACAUCGCCUACGCUGGUUCAAAUUUGCCCACAUUUUCUAAUGAGAUCAGGUUCUCAGAGUUCACUAGAGGCCUGAGUCGGUGUUGACAUCUAGCUGAGUUGCUGUGUGAAGUGCUGCGUCACUGCUCGCUGAUCAGCGUUUCAGACGACGCGAGCUCGCCAAAACUGCAGCGGUGCUCGGCUUCGGCAUUCAAAUAACCUUGCCAAAUCUGCCAUGCCACACGUUUCCCAGAUUCCAGCGAGCUGCAGGACCAGUGACGGAGACAGAGAGGGAGAGAGAGACAGACUUGGUGGCGUAGUGAAGGAGACGGACAUCAGUGGACACGGAAAGAGGAAAGAGUGUGAAGCAGGGGCGCUUCAGGAGGCCUUCUCCUAGGGGAAACCCUCGCAGUCGCAGAAGUUCUGUGAGUUGUGGGUGAUGACGUCCUAUGAAGCUCUGCACUGGAGCUGAUGUUCCCAAUCAGCGGGGGACUCCGGAGCCAAGGCUGGGCGACUCCGGAGCGGACUGAGGAACUGCAGAGACCCGCUCCUGUAUCGGGAAUCCACUCUGAUCACCUCGAUCCUUUCCUCCCUCCUUUUGCAACCCCUGCAAACUCCUCUGUCAGGCUUACCCCUGAACCAUCUCAGUGCAGUUACCAUGUCCAGCCGAAGGAAGUCCUUCACUCCCUGCAUGGUCUCUGUUAGUGAUGUGGAAAUGGGCGGCCCUAUGGAAAUGGAUAUCUUGGAUGACGAACUGGUGGAGGACAGACCAUCCUCUCAGCAGCCUUCAUUAGAUAUGCAUCAAGAAUCUAGGCAAUGUGUGGCUGAGGAGGAUGAGGAGGGUCAUGUGGAAGGGACAGGAGAGAAGAUGGAAGAGAAGUCCUCCACCCCACAGAAACCACAGAGUAGGGGCUACCAGUGUAAGUACUGCUCCUUCUCUACCCAGAAUCUCAGCGACUUCAAAGAGCAUGUGUACUCCACGCACCCCAACGUCAUUCUGAACCCUCUGUACCUGUGUGCUGUCUGCAACUUCAGCACCAAGAAGUUUGAUUCCCUCACAGAACACAAUGAAACAGAGCAUCCAGGUGAGAGCAAUUUCAAGUUCAAGCGGAUCAAACUUGACAAUCAGACCAUCCUAGAGCAAACCAUUGAGAAUGAGGAUGACUCAAACUCUCCAGAAUCUAAGCUUAUGCAAGAUGAUGAUGCCUUUGAAUUUUUACCCUCAUGCCCAUCAACCAUGCAGAAUGUUGAAAAUGCAAUCUUUAAUAAUGGAAAUGAGGUAGAGAGUAAUUUAGAUCAUCUGCUGUUAAAGGAUCAGAUCACAGCAGUGAAUGUAAAUGGGACAAUCAUCUUCCCUGAGCCCAUGAUGCUAGAGGGGCUCUCCCAUGUCAUGCCUCUUCUGCAGCGCCCCCCGAACCUGAGCUCCAUUCCAACAAUUGCCGUUCCUCUGAACACAAGCAAGUACAAUCCAUUACUGGACACCAACACUACGCUCAUUACAUCCUUCAAUAAAUUCCCCUAUCCAACUCAUGCAGAACUCUCCUGGCUCACUGCUGCUUCCAAGCACCCUGAAGAGCAGAUCAAGGUGUGGUUCACCACCCAACGGCUCAAACAGGGCAUCACCUGGUCACCAGAAGAAGUGGAAGAAGCCCGCAAGAAGAUGUUUAAUGGCUGCAUGCCUCCUGCUCACCACACAUUCACCGUUUUGCCUACGCCUGUGAGCGAACAAGUUGCCACCAGCCAGUCUGUUGCACCAGCAGUGUCCUGCCAUGUUACUGGACAGUCCACUCUGUCACCGGCUACCACUGCAAAUGGAACUUCUGGUGCCUGUGCGACUGUCACUGUGACAACAGUUACUAAUAUGCAUAAUCUCAAGCGCCCUUUGGGAACAUCAGCAGUGGCCCAGGAUGUAAAGCGCCCCAUGAUUCUCACAGAUGAACACAAAGAAAAGUUACGUAUGGCACCUCCACCAGUCCCACCCCUAGAGAGACUAUCCAUGGCUCCUCCUCCUGUACCUCCAGAUGGUAAGAGAUCCAUGCUCCCACCUUUGAUUGCAACAGACAUGAAACGACCUGUUGUUGCCCCUUAUGCUUUGCCCAAGGGGAAAAUGCCAAUGGUAUUUCCACUGGCACCCCCUAAAGAUAAGAUACCCAUGGCCCCCCCUCCCCUGUUACCCAGAGAUAGACUACCUAUGGUUCCCCUAGUUUCAACUGAAUUAAAGAGGUCUACAGUUCCCCAGCAAAUGAGAAAUCAAGCUCCUGCAUUUUCUGUCAUUUCUAAAGACAAACUGUCACCUUUACCUACUGAUGUAAGCUUACCCUUGGUGCCCCCAUUGGUGACUUCUCAAGUGAAGAGACCACCAAUAAUUCAGACUGCACGGGCCCCACCUGUUGCCCCAACCUUGAUCCCCACUUUCUCUCUGGAGAGUAAACCACUAGAGCUGUCAGUGGAGCAAAAGCCCACAAGCUCAGAGAGUCGACCCACAGAGAGUCAGAAUGGCAAUAAUAGAGUCCCCUGUGGGGAUGGUAAAAAAUGGUUUUCUGAUCAGAGUGCACUGGCCCAUAAUGGUUUACGGCACUUAAAUAAUAACUUUGCUCCAAAGGAGCGUCCGAAAACAGUCCCAACCCAGUUCCCUCUCCUGGAAAGACUGAAGGGGAAAACUGCUGAGCAGCUAAAAGUUUUAGAAGAAAGUUUUCAGAGGAAUAGUUUCCCAUCACACAACGAGGUUGACCACAUUGCAAUCACCACAAGACUCUCCAGAGAGGAGAUUGACAGCUGGUUCUCAGAAAGAAGAGCCCUUCGAGACAACUUAGAAAAGGCCCUCCUAAAUUCCAUGGGAUCCAAGAGGACUGACAUUGCAGAGAGAAGAUCACUUUCACAGCACCAGCAUGCUUUGCUUAAUGGAGUUUACAAACAAGGUGGGCUACCCAUAUGCCCUCUGCCUCCCAUCAUUGCCCCCACCUCGUCAUCUGUGCCUAUGGAUAGGAAGUCUCUCAAUCUCCUUAAAGAUGUCUUUGUCCAAACACGGUGGCCUUCACCUGAGGAAUAUAGUUAUCUGGAGGCACAGACAGGUUUGGCUCGUACUGACAUUGUCAAAUGGUUUAAAGACAGCCGUCUGGCUCUGCGCAGUGGAACUGUAGAGUGGAAAGAGUUGUUCCACAAGCUAAGUGGCAGCGAGUCGAACGGCCGGCUGAUCUCAGAUCAGCCCUGCAAUGUCACUCUGCCAAGCCAGGAACGGAAGACGCCUACAGCAGAGUGCGCCAAACUAAGCAGCCAAGAGAUCAAAGAAUGGUUCAACAACUCACUGGGCCAGCGUGGGCCUGAAGUGGGGAGGAACGGAGGCCAGAAUGGAGGCAGCGGGGAGAAGUGUGGAGGCUGGGUGGAAGAAGCAGUGGGUACUAAGAUGGCUUCGCGAGAGCUGGUCUCAGACACGGAUUAGGGCACAAGAAUGAGAUGGGUAGGAGAAGAGGGUAGGAACUGCUGCCGCUGUCAUUUUGCACAGGAAUGGAUGAAAAGAAAGAAGAAGAACAAGAGAGGUCUACUCUGAGAUGUAUUUUUGGAACCAAUGAUUUUGCUCUUGCCCUUUUCCACUGCACCAGCUAGCACACGGCACCAGACAGAACCAGAAGGAGCCUGGUCACAGCGCAGAGCCCUAAUCUGCAGCAGUGAUUCUGAAACACUACUUGGUGCUUCAUGUGGUUUGAAGCAGUGCGGGACAGAGCGAAUGCAUGGAGGAGAACAAGACCAUUGAGUGCCAAAGCUGGAUUUGCUGCAUAACUACACUUUAAGAAAAAAAGGUUCUUGUAAAUAUUUUUUUUCUGUACUGCUACAGAUUUGUACAAUUUUGCCGGGAACUUUUGUUACAUUUUAUAAUGGGAGCGAGAGGCCCCCAGAUUUUGCUCUAGCUGGUCUUUUCAGUGGACAUGUCCUACAUUUUUUGUAACAACACCAUGCACCACUACAGGCAUUGGCAAUAUGUCAAACGGACGUUCAUUACAGUUUGUCUUUGGAGGGACUUCUUCAAAUCAGUGCAUUUACUGACUGUUUCAAGGUGCUGUUAAACUUUCUGGAUAUUACAUGCCGUCGCUUUUGCUAUAUUUACAGUUCUUACAGAGUGACAUUUUGCAAACAACAGUUUAAAAAGGAAAAAUCACUUUGCUGUUAAACACACCAAUGGACAAAUCUGCAAAUCUGUUUUGUCCUGUACAGGAAUAAAACACUCUCAAUCGCCAGCGUUUAUAUGUGAUAGUUCAACUCCAACUGUAGAAACAAUUAACCCGGUACCAGAUACAUGUUCCAUAUUUACUGCUUCUGUAAUGUCAGCGUCACAUAUAUUAGAAAUACUGUACUUAUACCAAGGUCCUGCUUACUACUCUCCAAAAGACAGAUGUUGUCUGCUGUAAUCCAAUAAAACACAGCCUACCUAAA